UUGGUCUUGUUAUAUGAUUAACGUGACUCACAUUGAUCGGAUAGACGACAACAUCGCAAAUAAAAUUGAUAUAAUAUAAAACAACAACAUUUCACCUUAUCCUCCCCUCUACCAAAAUACCAUUUUUAUCAUGCACUAGCCAAACCCCAUCAUCAUCGACCAAACUCGCAUUGUUAAUUGAACUCAACUUCGAUAACUUACCUUACUUUCUUUCAUUAGAUCUACCGCCGUCAAGUAUAAUCUAAGAUGGCAUCCGUUAAAAUUACGUCUAUUGUUGAGCAGCUCUCUGGUAUGAGUAUUCCAUUCAAGCAGCCUUCGGACCCUGACUGGGCUGCUUAUUCAUCAAGCUUGAACACCCGUCUUUCUUUUACUCCCGCAAUUGUCGUUAUCCCUUGCGACGUCUCGCAAAUCGAGCGCGCGCUCACCUGCGCACGAAAACACGAACUUAAAGUCCAAGCUCGAUCCGGUGGACACUCGUACGCCUCCCAUAGCAUUGGAGGAGUAGACGGUGCAAUGGUGAUAGACAUGAGACGAUUCCAAUCCACCAAUAUCGAGGGCAACACCGUCUUAGUUGAUUCCGGGGUGCGACUCGGUAAUCUAGCUAAAGCUAUCUACGAUGACUCCGACCAGAAGCGCGCCCUUCCUCAUGGUACGUGUGCGGCAGUCGGUAUGGGCGGCCACCUCACACAUGGUGGAUUUGGCAUGUUUUCGCGUGCCUGGGGUCUUGCGAUGGACCGCAUCGUGGGAAUGACGGUAAUCACGGCAGACGGCAAAUGCAUCCACUGCGACCAGAGUGUGAACGGAGACCUUUUUUUUGCUAUGCGAGGCGCAGGUGACUCGUUCGGAAUUGUCAAGUCGUUUCAUCUCGACACAGAGCCCGCACCGAAGUCUGUCUUACACUGGUCUGUUAACAUGAACGAUGUGACAAAGAGCAUUGAGAGGGCUGUGAAAGCAUUCCAUCAUAUCCAGAAGUUUGUCCACAACGGCUCUGUCGUAGAUCGCCGGCUGGGACUUCAGAUGUGUGUUAGCUGGAACCGAUUCGCGGUGGAUGGAACCUAUUUGGGACCGCAGGAGACUUUGGAAACCAAGAUCCUGCCAGCGAUGCUAGGCAAAAUCAAAGAGGAAAAGAAAACGAUCCUUAAGGAGUUCGAUUGGCUUGAAUCGAUCAAAAGCCUCAACCAAAGUCAAGACAUUGUGACUGACCCCACAAGCACACACCAGGAUCGCGUAAAUUUUUUCGCCAAGAGUGUCGUGGUGCCCGAGCCAGGGUUGACUCAGGUGGCGAUGCGGAGUUUCUUCAAGUACCUCUUUAAUGAAGGAGCACGCGCACCCAUCAACUACUUUAUCUUGAUCGACUUGUACGGCGGCCACGAUAGUCAAAUCAAUGAAAAGAGCAGCGACUUCUCCGCAUUCUCGCACCGAAAUGCAUGUUGGGUCAUCCAGCUACACGGCUAUGUAGACAACGACGUGGCGUUCCCACAGGAAGGUAUUGAGUUUAUCACAGGACUGACCAACUCCAUUACGUCAAAAGUCAGAAAUUACGGCGCGUAUGCGAACUACACUGAUCCCACCUUGAGUCGAGAGGAAGCACAAAAGUUGUACUUUGGGGAGACCAGCAAGAUACUGUGGAAGUUGAAGAAGAAGUGGGACCCCAACAACCUUUUCGAGAAUCCUCAGUCGAUCCAGGCGGAUUGA